CCCCUCAUCACCACCAAGACUCAGUCCAAACAAGCAAUUGACACCUCAACAACCGCCAAAAUGGUCUACAACAUCGUCGUUCACAUGCGCGCAAAGCCCGACCAAGAAUCCAUCUCCAAGCUGCACGCCAAACUCCUCGAAGCCUCCGCCGUCUACUCGCAGGACAAGGAGACCCUCUCGUGGUUCGUCAUGCAGUCCGUCCACGACCCCCAGGAUUUCUGCAUCGUCGAGCGCUACCUCCACGAGAGCUCGCAGCAGUACCACCUCAACAACCCCUACUGGAAGACCUUCGACCCCUACGUCAUUCCUCUGCUUGAGAAGGAGAUGGACCUCAGACGCUUUGAGGAGUUGGAGCCUAAGAAGGAGUAAACUUGGAAUGGGAUAUGGUAUAGAUAUCGUUGUACUGUAGCUGGUCUCGUGUAUUUGUCUAUACAAUAAAGUCAUAAAAUAGAGUUUCUGGUC